AUGUCUGAUGAAGAUUCGAAUGAAGAAAAUAAUGUAAAAAAAGUUACGUUUAAUGAAGAUUCGAAUGAAGAAAAUGCAGAAGAAAUUACAUCUAAUGAAGAUUUGAAUGAAGAAAAUGUAGAAGAAAUUACAUAUAAUGAAGAUUUGAAUGAAGAAAAUGCAGAAGAAACUAUGUCUGAUGAAGAUUCAAAUGAAGAAAAUGCAGAAGAAAUUAU